CGCGCAAGAAACGGUAGUGUACAACACGUUUCGCUAGCGAUUGUAACAUUUAAGAAAGAUAAAAAGAAUUAUAUGGAUAGAUGGAUGAAUAAAUAAUAAUUAAGUGUAAAGAAAGAAAAGGCUUGGAAAUAAGUUAUCUUAUUGCAAAGUGUUUCUAUAGUGUGUUCCUUUUUUAAGUAGAAGAGCAUAAAGUAAAAUCGAUUUUUCUUGUUACAUAUUUUUUCAAGUUUUCUUUUUGAACAGAGAUCUUUGAAACGCGCAUCUUUUGAAAGAUAAUGUGUUUAUAUAGAGACGAUAUAGAGAAGAAAAAGAUAAGGUAUACAUAUAACGAAUUGCUUAAAUCAUCAGCGGCAUCAAAUCCGUGAAAGGAAUUCGCGAAAGGCUUAACUCUGAAACGUUAGAAGGGCACGACUUGAAUGGAACACAGUUCUCUUGUAAUGUAUAUUACUAGUCUGACUAUAUACAGUUUUAUUUCACUAGCGCAUGAAGCGCGAAGAACAUUUGGCACGAAAACUCUGUUUGAUUGUCGCGGCGUGUUAACAAAAGAUCGUUUCGUUUUUGAUCAAUCGACAAUUUUCAAAAGUGACGCCCGUAUAAACUGAAACCGUGGGAAAAGAUGAAAAAGACAACGGAAAGAAUAGUGUAAAACGUCGACGAAAACAAUGAUUUUCGAUCCAAUCUCCGACGAGCAGAGGAAACAUUUUUUUCGGCAGAAUUAUGGCGCUCAUUUACCUGGCUAUACCGGACAUUGUCCUACUCUUAAAUUUCGAGUUGGAAAACGAUUCGGUGCGUGUACAGAAGAUAUUAUGAAGGAAUUACUUGAGAAGAAAAUUCUCAAAGAAGGGCCUUAUAGACUGAAUUCCGGAAGGGAGCCGAGUGAAAAUGCAUCGAUGCGUUACGAAAAGGAUACGAAAGCAGACUGGAAGAGUGAGACGCGCUUAUUCAGAGCACCCCCCUAUAUCUUGGGAUAUACCGGAUACAUUCCUGGAUUUAAUAGCAUAUACGGUUUAUCCUUCAUGAGAGCCGUUGAAGAAGGAGCCAAGGAAUGGCGUAAAAAUCAAAAUAAGUUAAGAGCCCGUGAAGAAGCAAUGAGAGUCCGCGUCGAAAGACACGAUUCCAGCAACGUUUUGUCCCGAGUGAGGACAGACAACGUAGCGGCUGAAAUCGAUCACAGCCAUCAUCAAAAUUCAACAACGUUUCAUUAUGAAAUUUCGCCCGAGAGACCGCCGAUCGUUGGCUAUACGGGUCAUAUUCCAGGAGCGAGAGGAGAAGUAGCGCUAUCAAAAAGAUACGGACAAGCAGCAAAAAAGGGAUUGGAAUUAGUUCGAAAAGAACGCGAACAAAGACUUGGUAUGUGACAUAGGAAAGAAUAGAACGCUUAAUUCUCACUCAAAGAAAUGACAAUCUUUUCUAUCGAUACAAAGUAUACGAACAUCUACGGGGAUGUAUGUAUAACAAAUAAGAUGAUAACUCUUUACUCACUUUUUCUUUU